AACACGUGUUAAGCGGUUUGAUUCUCUAAAACACAGCGAUUUAUUAUACAGAUUAUACAUAUUUAUAAAACUGAAAUACUAUUCAGUUCGUUUAGAAACACAGAGUAGACCAAUCAGAGGCUGCGAUGUUGCUAUGUAGCUACAUAAACGCCGCUGAUUGGCUCAACGGUAGCGCGGGCUAGCGGCUCGUUGGAUGCUUGUUACUGCUGAAAGAAGCUGAAGAUUCUGUGUCGAAUGUUUUCACGAUGAACAAAAGGAUAAAUCCAGUUCUGGAUGCUAAACAACACGUGUGUGCAAGAAGAGACAAAAAUAAUCUGGAAAGCAGAUUCAUAAACACCAUAAAAGGAUACGGAGUGUUUGCCACUGCGCGGAUUGAGGAGGGAAGUUUUCUAGUGGAGUACAGAGGUGUUCUGCGAGAUCCAGGCCAAUGUGUCCCUGAUGCUUAUUCAUACUACUUUAUAUAUAACCACACACGCUAUUGUAUAGACGCUUCAGUAGACGAUGGAUCUCUCGGGCGGCUCGUUAACGAUGACAGUAAUCCCAACGCAAAGGCGAAGGUCAUCUCUAUCAACCGCAUCCCACAUUUGUGUUUGUUUGCUCUACGGGACAUUCAGCCCGGGGAGGAGAUCACGUACGACUAUGGGGGUUAUGACCUGCCCUGGCGCAGAGGAACGUGGCUGAGUACGGAGAACUCUUCUCAGUUUGACAAUAACCACAGAAAAGAGACAGAAGGUCCGCAAGAGCAGGAAACCUCUACAGAGGGGACAACGGCGUCACAGACGGUAAACAUGGAGUGUGAAGAAGAAGUGCCAAUGCGAACUGAUAAAACUACACAGACAACAGAACAGGACGCAUCUGUUGAUGACAUGAUGUGGAAAUAUAUUCCGUAUCAGUGUCUGACAUCAGAAGAUCAGAGAAUCUGUGAAAAUCAACUGCUCCUGAUCCAGAAAACACCGAUAACUCAGCAGAUACUGUUUGAGGAGGGCAAGAGGACCGAUGAAGACCCUGCUACUUCUGGGCAGAUCUUGGAACUGCAACAGACCUCAAUGAAUGUUGAACCAUAUGUGAAAGAACAGUCUGGUCCAGUGUCCGCAGCACAGAUGACGGAUGAGGUGAGCGGGAUGGAGUGUAAUGUAGAUGCAAACCCGGUGUCAGGCCACGAACCGUGUGUGGAAGAACAGUCUUGUCCAGUAUCAGCUACACAGACCUUGGAACAGCAACAGACGCAUAUGCAACAAGUUGACCAAUGUAAGGAAGAUCAGGUGUCUUCUCCACUGUCCGCUGAUCAGAGCACAUGUGAAGAAAAGCAGCUCACGGGUCAGGAUGAACAAUGUCGAAUACAGGCUGGUGAAGAGACUGAGCAGCAGCUGUGUAAUAAUGAUUCAUCUCCGACUCAGAAUGCUACACAGUCAUCCGAAGCUGAUUUAGACUCUAGAAGCAAUAGCAGUAACGAUGAAAAUGAGUCAUCAGAUAAAGAAUUUAUACCCGAAUCGGACAGCGAAUCGGACGACGAUUCCGACGGAGAGAGGCCGAAAAAGAAGUCUAAACUUACAGACACCUCAAAGGAUACAGAGGAACAGGCAAUGCCACCAGUUCCGGAUCCUUCAGUCAUACAGGCUACAAAGCUGAACUUUUGUUUUGUUUGUGGAAAGGCUUCCACAAAAAUAUCAAGGCAUUUAAAAUUACACAGAGAAGACAACAUCGAGAUUGCGACUGCUUUUGAGCUACCGAAGAACUCGAAGCAGAGGUCAAACCUCCUUGAAGUACUAAGGAACAGGGGGAACUACCAACAUAACAACUCGGUUCUCAUACAAGGCUCCGGACUGAUAAAAGCGAGACGGAAGCCGAAAGAUGGCAUUGACGCACAGAAGUUUGAAAACUGCAUGUACUGUAAAGGUCUGUAUAUGCGUAAAGUACUCUGGAAGCAUGUGAAGCGCUGCCCAUCGAACCUUGAGAGAGACACUCCGAAGAGUUCAAGAUUUGUUUUAGGUUUGGCCGCUUUAUCAAAAUGCCCGCAUCUGAAAAACGUGUCGGAGGACGUAAAGAAAAUGGUAUGUGAUAUGCAUCAGGAUGAAGUUGCACAGGUUGUCCGAAAUGAUGAGUAUUUAUUGAAACUGGCACAAGAAUUCUUUGACAAAAAGGGCAGUAGCAAAGAAAGACACUCAUUCGUUAGACAAACCGUUAGAUGCAUCGGAAAGUUUUUGGUCCUUUUGCAGAAUAAAUUUUCCAUAAGGAACCUAGCAGAGGCUAUAAAACCCUCCAGCUUUACACUAGUUAUUGAAGCAAUCAAAGAAAUCGCUGAAUUUAAUGAGGAAACAAAAUGCUACGCGAUACCAAGCCUUGCACGCAGAAUUGGACUUGCUUUGAGGAAAUAUUGCAUCUUGACCGCACAGAAAGCGUUUGCAGUUGAAGACAAAAUACUAAUACAGGCAACUAGCACAUUUAUGGACCUUUUUAAUAAUGCAAAUUUUGCUUUAGGUGAAAAAAAGGGCCUAAAUAUACAGUCCAAGUCUCUUUUACUGCCAUUUGUCAACGACGUGAGAAUAUUUUACUGCUAUCUGGAAAAGGCUUCGCAGAGUGCACUGAGGGAACUGAGGGAAACCCCGUCUGCUCAGAGUUACGCUACCCUUUGCAAAGUGACCCUGGCACAGAUCCUGAUGUUUAAUCGCAGAUAUGGAGAAGUCUCAGAGAUGACCAUCAAAAGCUUCCAGAAGAGAGACCUGGUGCAGCCUCUUGAAAUCUCUGAGCUACUAACAGAACUGGAAAAAGUGUUUUGUAAAGAGGAGCGUAGAAUUCUGGUUCGUUGGAGAGCAGGAGCGCAAGUGCCGACCGUUUUAACUUCAGACAUGAUCAACGCAAUUCUGCUCCUGACUGAAAAGAGAGAGCAAUGCAAUGUCUCCAAAAGCAACAUAUUUGUGUUUGGGAAGACCAGAAGUAACAGGUUCUACAGAGGAGAAACUGCAUUACGAAUCUGUGCCCAUGAGUGUGGUGUGACGUAUCCUGAGAAUCUGAUAUCCACCGAAUUCAGCGCACACAUUUCUACACUCACCCAAAUCCUUACCCUGAAGAACCAUGAGCUGAAGAAGCUGGCCAAAUUCAUCGGCCAUGAUAUAAGCCUGCGUAAAGAAUACUACAGACAAAGUGAAGCCAUUCCUCGCUUGGCCAAAAUCUGCAAACUUGUUUUGGCCAUAGAGAAAGGAAGUGCAUCUGAGAUGAUUAAACAGUCUCUAGAUGACAUUGAAUUACCAGAGGAGAUCAGGGAGAGUGACAGUGAAGAUGAAUAUUUUGAGGACGACAAUGCAUUUCUCGAAGAUCGGGCUGCAAGACGCAAACUCGCAUUAGAGAGUCUGGCCAAAUAUAAAGCCCCUAAAAUAAAUUGUUUUGCAUCUUUGCCGAAACGUAAGAAACAAGAUAAGGAAUCUACAUCUAAGGAAAAGAAAUCUACAUUUAAAGAAGAGGAUAUACAACCUACAACUGAAGAUCGUGAAGCAAAGAAACCUGCUCAGGAGCAGCAACUCAAGACGGUCAAGAAAAAAGUGCCGUGGACCAGAGAAGAGAAGCAUGCAAUCAUGAAGCAUUUCAGAAGACACGUUUACUACGGAAAACUGGCAACGGUAAAUGAAUCUCGACGAUGCCAAAUGCUGGAGCAACCUGUGCUGAACGACAGGACUAUACAGAAAAUCAGAGACUUUGUAAGAAACGCUGGGGUUUCUUUCAAGAAGAAAAGGGCAGCACAGAGGAAUUUAGCUUUAUCUUCUCAUCCCGCAAGUCCAAACAGCACAAGUGUUCGAUCCCCUCAAUCAACAAACACCUCAACAUCUAGUCAACCUACAUCUCAAACAGCAAACCCUACAAGCUCAGUCGUAACACCGUCUCCAGCAACUGACUUAAUCAAUCCGAUUAUUCUUUUCUCUCAAAAUGCAAACGCCACAACUACGACACUACCCCCUCAGUUAACAAUCUCUACAACCCCUAAUGCAGCGCAUCCUCAAGCAAAACUCCUAUACAUUAAAGUACAAUCCUGCCCUUCAGCUAAGCAGGACACUGCUGGCCUGCCACUUCCACCACAAACUGCAAACCCAAGCAAAAUACCUCAAGCAGCAGACUUGUCCAACUCCAACAUUGUAAUACCACAAGUGCCAAACCCGACCAGUUCUAGUGAACCACCACCUCGGGCUGCACCCCUAAUGUGUGCAGGUGUACUCAUCCCUCAAGCUGACCACCCAACCCCUUAUACUCUACUAACUCCACCGGCAGCAACAGCAGAAGGUUCUAACACAGUACGUCCUCGAAUAGCGAUUCUAAAAUCAUCACCGUGCAAGUCGACACCACCAGCACAAGCAGCAGAUGUUUCUAACUAUAACACUUAACUUCUCAAGAAACAACUCUUACACUAUUAAUGAUCUUAAGUGGCUUACUCCAAUGACUCCAGUGGACCAAAGCCUCACAUGGUCAAUACUUCCACAGAAAGCUAUCUGCAAGAAUAGUAUGAUUUAACCAGAUAAUUCUACCCUUGAUAGCUUAAAAAAUAAGUACAUGUUUGCAUUUUAGGUUUUGUGUGUGAGGCAUAUACAGGAAUGUGUAUGUACAGUAUGUAUAUAGAGAGAGAGUGUGUGUAUUUCAGCUCCACUUUGGUCAGUGUGUGAAUGAGAGACCUGUUCUGGUGAGCAGAUUUUGUCUGGCUUUGAUGAAGGCCAAUAUAUUGCCAUCGGUCUCUUGGUCUCCAGUCAGUGGGAUCGAUGUUGAGGAAGGGCCAGCAGCGAACAAGGCUCUGAAAUUCAUACACCUGAACAGUUAGAAUUCCUGUAAAUAAUAACAAACAUGGUCUGCAUUCUUUUCUUUUCUGCAAGAGAAAUUGUACUAAAAAUGUGUUGUUUUUUUGCAUAGAUAUUAGAACUGCAUUAGUGAUUGUGUCUGCUCAGCACCUUUUAAGCAUAUUAAGAACUUUCUAUAACCUUCUAACAGUUAGUACAGGGAGCAUUCAGAGGGCAUUACUGUUUAAUCAGGUAUUACUUUUCCCUCUAGAAUAAAAGCCAUUUGUAUGA